CGUGAAUGCAGACCCGAAGCCCGCUAUGCACAGCUCCUGUAACCACACGGUCUGAGCAGCACAGCAGCGCUGAAAAACAAACACACCCACAUGAAACUAGAAGACACUCGAGGUAACGUUACGGACUACAAAGGGUACGUUCAUUUAUUUAGUCUUUACAGAGAGCCAUGAGGAAGUUUUCUUUUUUGACGGUGCCAGUGAUGUUUACUGCUCGAAUGCCUUGUGACAAAGUUGAAAUGUGAUGUUCCGUGUCCAAUAACAUGCUGGUACUUUCAUCUCACUAUCUCAGCAUAUGUCCGAGAUGGUCAAUACAUCCUUUUAAGCACUCUACUGAUAUUCUCUAGGGUGUGCCACUUUAUCUUUCCUCUGGCUUCUUCCUGCUAGCUCUGACCGAUUGUUUUAGUAGAUGAACAUCUGAGGACUCCUCGGCAUGAAAGCUUGUCCCAGUGUAUGCGGCCAAUGGGUGCUGUUUUAAUCUGAUUUUUAAUCAAGAAGACAAUCUGGAGCAGGACGACUUCUGACCAUCGGAGCAAGAGGCCAGGAUGGAGAAGUCAGAGAUUGGCUUCUUUCUGGAGGCAGACGACCGGACCGAGGAGGAGAUAGCGCGGCAGAAAGCGGCAAGGAAGGCCGGUGUGGCCUCUGCCUUGGGAUUGGGCAAGGAGUCGCCAAAGGUCCCCAUGGACACGGAUUACCAGGAGGAAAUGGAGGCAACCAAGCCUCAAAUCAGAUUCAAUCUCAACUUUGACAAAGGGAUUCGAGGGGAGCAGCGGAACAAGAGGGACAGCAGCACCUUUACCAUCGACAGGUUGUUUGAAGCGGCCGCCAGCGGGGAUGUCGGAAAGCUGGAGAACCUGCAUCAGUACCUGCGCCAGAACAUGAAGAAACUCUCUGAUUCCUUGUAUCGCUCCUAUGGUAAAACCGCCCUGAUGAAGGCUCUGCUGCACCUCAAGAACGGCAAGAACGAGACAGUGGAGCUCUUACUCGACAUUUCAGAGAAGAUGGGCGACAUUAAGGAGUUUGUGAAUGCAGCCUACACCAACAAUUAUUAUAAAGGCCAGACAGCUCUCCAUGUUGCCAUUGAGAGGAGAAAUAUUUCCUAUGUCAAGCUGCUGGUCAGUAAAGGAGCAGACGUCCAUGCUAAAGCCUGGGGGACAUUCUUCCAGCCACACGAUGGCCCCAACUUCUACUUUGGGGAGCUGCCCCUGUCUCUGGCGGCCUGCACCAACCAGCCCAGAGUGGUGGACUUCCUCAUGGAGAACGAGUACCAGCGAGCGGACGCUACGAUGACGGACUCUCACGGCAACACAGUGCUGCACGCCCUGGUGACGGUGGCUGCCAGCUCUAAGGAUAAAGAUAAGGACAACACAGAGUUCAUCACCGAAAUGUACGACCGCAUCCUCAAGACCAGUGCCAAACUGCACCCAACGCUUAAGCUGGAGGACAUCGAGAACCACAAGGGGCUGACGCCUCUCAAAAUGGCUGCCAAGACGGGCAAGAUCGGGCUUUUUAAACACAUCCUCAAACGUGAAUUCCACGAGAGUCACACAAAACAUUUGUCCCGUAAAUUCACCGAGUGGGUUUACGGCCCAGUCCAGAGCUCCCUUUACGACCUCGCCUCGGUGGACUCGUACGAGGACUGCUCCGUCGUGGAGAUCCUGGUCUACGGCAGUGACAUACCCAACCGCCACGAGAUGCUCCAGAUGGAGCCUCUGAGCCGCCUGCUGGAGGAGAAGUGGGACAAGUUUGCGGGUCGGAUGUUUUUUCUCAACUUCCUGGUCUACCUUGUGUACCUGAUCAUCUUCACUCUUGUGGCCUACAAUAAGAAAGUCGGAAAGCUGCCGUAUCCCAUUGACCACACCACGGCGGGUUACCUGUAUGUUUCAGGCCAGCUAGUGACAGCGGUGGCUAACUGCUAUUUCUUUUUCAUAGGGAUCUUAGACAUGAAGAGGAAACGUCCGACGCUGCAAAUGCUGCUGAUUGAUGGAUAUUAUGAGUUCCUUUUUUUUGUGCAGGGCGUCCUCUUCCUGAUCACAGCUGUGCUGUAUCUGUGCGGGCGGAAGCAGUACCUCAGCUUCCUGGUGCUGUGUCUUGCUCUUAGCUGGGUGAACAUGCUCUACUUCUCCAGGGGCGACAAACACAUGGGCGUCUACAGCAUCAUGAUCCAGAAGAUGAUCCUCAGCGACAUCCUGCGCUUCCUCGUCGUCUACAUCGUGUUCCUCUUUGGAUUCUCAGCAGCGGUGGUCACCUUGCUCAUAGAGCCAGAAGUGAAAAACUCAACUGUAGGACAGCCGUCGAAGGGGCGUCUCUUUGGUCCCCUUGAUCCUGGAGAGGAGUGUGUCAAACCCUCCUUCACCAGUAUCUCCUACACCACGCUGCAGCUCUUCAAGUUCACCAUCGGCAUGGGCGACAUGGAGUUCACCCAGGAACACGAGAACACCGAGGUCUUCUACCUGCUCCUCAUCGGCUACAUCAUUCUCACCUACAUCCUGCUGCUCAACAUGCUCAUCGCCCUCAUGAACCGCACCGUGGAGAAGACCACCGAGGAGAGUACCAGCAUUUGGAAGCUACAGAGGGCUAUCACCAUCCUGGAAAUGGAGAAGAGACUAUCGUGCUGUCUGAGGAGGAGGUUCCGCUGUGGGGUAGAGAAGAACCUCCGCACUGCCCUUGGAGAUGACCGUCGCCGCUGUUUCAGAGUGGAGGAAGUCAACUGGAACAAAUGGAACAUCAACCUGGGCAAAAUCAAUGAGGAUCCCGGGUGCUGUGAUGGCGAGGAGCAGCCUGUCUCAGAUGCCCCGCCGCACAGAGCGAACAGAGGGAGGAGCUGGAGAAGUUGGAAGAGGCAGACGUCCAUAGAGAUGAGUCCUCUGAACGCCACGCCGGUCUAAGAGAUCCCACAGAACUUCGAUCGGUCCACCCAGGCCUGGCUGACCCGAGCAUCGGGGCAUUCAGACCUAAAGACAUUAUUCAGUUUAGAAAGAAAUGUAUUUGGAAUGUUUGAACUGCCUUUCGGACUGGUAAAUAUUGCAAGUUAGCUCGUUUUCAAUUUACAUUUAAGGCAAUUUUUCACUGAGACAAGCACAUCUUUGUUGACAUAAUGGUGUAAAGCAAACCUCAGCUGCAUUAAGAGCAGUUUAGCUGCCAAGUCGAACAGUUGCACCACAUUAAACAUUUAAUCCAAAAGGCUUGUGCACAUGCUGUUUCUCCCACCACCUGAACAGGAUGCGAGGCCCCUCCGCACAAAGUCCACAGCCUGCAGGCACCUCUGACAUCGCUCAAAAUCCCUCAUGGAGUAAUACUGAUUACGAAGGUGCGGAUCCUGCUCCUGCUGAGUGCCCUUUAUACAAGUCCCAUUUUCAUCACAGCCAGACAAGCUAAAUCUACUGCAGCCAGAUAGUCCUGUGGAUUCACAGCCUGCUUUGUCUACCCUACAUCCCUUUUUCGAUUUGGCAGAGGCAGGCUCUGAUAAAUGGCAUGAAAGCGCUGCAAUUGGUGCAACAAUCGCCACUUCCUGCACUAGCUGUCUCGGUUACAAAUGAUAUGUGGUUUAGGCAGGGCUCUUUGGAGUAAGGCUGAUUAUGCAAGAUACAGAUCUGUGAAUAGUAACCUACCCAAACUGUCAGGCAGCAUGAGCUCAUGCAGAAUGAAGGGAGCAGGAGAAAAGAGGACACCUGUGGUCAGCGUCAGUUUAAAUCAGUGUUGCAGGUAAUCCACACAACGGUUCACAACUAUUUCAAAGCAUAAAUUAGAACUUUAUUUUAUUAUUACAAUAUUACAAAAAGAGUAGCACAACUCUCACGCUCUUGCCUCUUAUCGGUCGUACAGAAUGACACAAAAGAAAGGCUUGUGGACCUUCUUCUGUUUCACAGCAAUAGUACAAGAAACAAAGGAAACACAAAUUAAAUAACAAGCAAAUCAAGUAUUAUAAAUAGUCACAACUGCAAACUGAAGCUUUGAAAAAAAAUGUUUUUUACUGUAACUACACAUUACUAAAAUAUAUAAUUACAAAAUAUUACUCCUUUUCUUGCUUUCCAUAAGGAAUGGCUCUGUCUAUUCAUCAAAACCUCAAUAAAAUAAAAAGGAAAAAAACAAAACAAAUAAUAAUUGCCGUUUCUGCUUACACUCACAAUCCUUUCUCCUUAUUAUUUGGGGUUUUCAUUUAAACCAUGCUCUUUCUCAAGGGAAGUCCAAGGACCAAACACUUAAGGCUUUUUAAGGGCUGUUAGGGAGUUAGGUGAACAAAACAUGGGCGCCAAUGUUUUUAUACACACCCGCUCUCUCUGUGUCACACACACACACGCACACGCACACGCACACACGCACACACGCACACGGUUAAAGUUACAAGUAGGUAAGCCAGUGUACAAUAAAAUAAACAAUGCAUUUGCUGUUUCACUUGAAAUUUAAAAGUCAGUUUACCUCCAAGUGAUCUUGCAAGUGAUCAAUUUGGUCUUCUCAAGCAGACUUCACAU